CUUGCAUUGUCACAAACAACCCAAACAAACACAAUGACUUCUCAAACCCCAAAACCAAAGCUUGUUCUGCCACUCAAAACCCGAGCUGCGUUAUCCGUUCUCUCCGCCUUAACAGAUUUUACCCGUCGCUCCAACGGCACCGUUAAUCGCGGUUUCCUCAAAAUCCUCGAUUUUAAGAGCCCAUCCAAAGCCAAAUCCGUUAACGGCGUUUCUACUAAAGACGUCACUGUUGACAAAUACAGAAAACUCUGGAUUCGUGUCUACACUCCCACACCCUCCUCCGCUGACGGAGUUCUUCCCGUCGUCAUUUUCUUCCACGGCGGCGGCUUCACUUUCCUCUCGGCGGACUCCUUUGCUUAUGACGCUGUGUGCCGGCAAUUCUGUCACCGAACCCCUGCCGUUGUUGUUUCCGUGAACUAUCGCCUCACGCCGGAGCACCGGUUCCCUUGUCAAUACGACGACGGCGAGGACGUACUCAAGUUUCUUGCCGAAAAUCCCUCGGUGUUGCCGGAAAAUGCUGACCUGAAAAAGUGCUUCCUCGCCGGUGAUAGCGCCGGCGCGAAUUUGGCUCAUCACGUGGCAGUUCGGGUCGCCAAGUCGGGGCUCCGUGGAGUUCGGCUCGUCGGGUUGAUUUCCAUUCAACCGUGGUUUGGAGGGGAGGAGCGUACUGAUUCGGAGCUGAAAUAUAAGGAUGCACCGCUGGUUUCGAUAUCAAGAACCGAUUGGCUGUGGAAGGCGUUUUUGCCGGAGGGAUCAGAUCGCGACCACUGGGCGGUAAAUGUGAGCGGAGCGAAUUCGGAGGAUUUGUCGGGUCUGGAUUACCCGAGUGCCCUUGUGAUUGUGGGUGGGUUUGACCCGUUACAAGAUUGGCAAAGAAGGUACUGUGAGUGGUUGAAAAAAUCAGGGAAAAAGGUACAACUGAUUGAGUAUCCAACCAUGUUUCAUGCAUUUUAUAUUUUCCCUGAAUUGCCAGAGUCAUCUCGAUUGGUCUCACAGGUCAAAGAUUUCAUCACCACAGAAUCUCUUAUUUGAAAUUAUCAUUAUUGAAUGUAAAAAUCAAAUAUAUUAAUCACCGUUGGAGUCUACUGUUAAAGGUUUUGCAAGUUUUUUCUUUGGGCCUUAAAAAUAUUUAGUAUUUGUAUUUCUAAAAUUUUAUUAGUUCUGGGUUUAAUGUUGUGACGAUGAUUAAGGUGUGUUGUUUAGUAGUAUAUGCUAGUUUGAAUCUUUACAAAUGAAAAAUCAGUCCUAUUUUUAUAA